GACUGCCACCAGCAUCAGAUUUCUCGCUGUGUGUGAGAGAGGGGGACAGCGCGUUAGAGACGGAGAGAAGAGAAGAGAGAACGAGAACGAAAGCAAAGGAGAAACAACUCGACCUGGACAACUGAAGAAAAAUUUAUGCUGCCACAAAUAGCCCACACAUAAACACACAUAACGAAACGCUAAAAGAAAAACAGUUAAAUAAAUCUUUAAAAAGUUAGAGAUCGAGCCAAUGGACGGGAUGGUAACAUUUGGACGCACUGCGAUCUUGUGCACCUUGCUGCUUUGGCUUUCAUUGCAUGGGUGCGGGGCCGCCGUGACAGUGACGGUCACUCCCAAGGUGGAGGUGGUCAAGGGAGAGUCAGCCACUCUGCCCUGCAGCUUCAAGGCCACUUCGUCCCCUAACAACAUUGUUGAGUGGUUCAUUGAGGAGGGUGGCACCAGGAAGCGUGUGGCAUUCCGGUCCGUAUCCAAUGGCGAGGGUACGAGUGACGAGGGCACACGUUUGUUUGGUAGGGUGACCAUGGGGAAGGACUUCUCUCUGGUCAUCUCUCCAGUCAUGGUGGAGGACGAGCUGCCCUUCUACUGCCAGGUCACUGCUGGUCCUAACGGCGUGGGAGAGGCCGUCACACAGCUCAAAGUCUUCUUCACUCCAGAGAAGCCUGAGGUUACUGGGUCCAACAAUGCCAUUUCUGUGGGAGAUGCCGCAAUACAGGUUGGCCAGUGUGUGAGCCCCAACGGACACCCUAAGCCUAGGAUCAUCUGGUUCAAGGACUCCAAACCUUUGCCUGAGGUCAAGGACGACAAAGAGAAAAUGUACAUGGUGUCGUCUGUGGUGAAGGAGGCAUCGGGUCUGUUCACCAUUAAAAGCACCCUGAUGAUGCAGCCCCAGAAGGCUGACAAGGACUCUCGGUUCCACUGCACUGUGGAGUACAGUGUACCUAACGACCUCAUCAGACAGAUCAGCUCGGAUACAUUCUCCCUCACCCUCAACUAUCCUUCAGAGAAAGCGACUUUUGCCUUGAUGAAUACUGAGCCAGUCAAAGAGGGUGACGAAGUAAAGAUGAUGUGUGAGACUGAUGGAAAUCCUCAACCCGAGUUUGAGUUCUUCAAGGAUGGGAAAACCAUUACUGAAGGAGUUUCAGGGGGUGUUUUGACUCUGAUGUCUGUUAAGCGUUCAGAAUCUGGGCUGUAUAAGUGUAAGGCCACCGAUUAUGACAACCUGGAUGCUGAUCUUAGUGGAAAUGUCAGUUUAUCUGUCCACUACAUUGACCCAUUGAGUGUGACCCCAGCUGGUCCUGUAUCAGCCAUGCUGGGAGACAUGGUGGAGCUGCAGUGUAAGACCAAGGCCUCAGAUAAACACACUGUCCAGUGGAAGAAGGGCUCCCAGGUGCUCUCUCAGACUGGUGUGUUGUCUCUGAGGUCCGUGACAUUCUUGCAGGCUGGUGAAUACUCCUGCGUGGGCGCUGUCCCCUCUGUGCCUGGGCUCACUACCAUGGCCAGCGUCAAUAUCAUCGUCUCAGGUAAACCUGAGAUUGAUGCAGCUGUUGAUGGGACCGUGGGGAAGGAGGGGGAAAUGGUGACUCUGUCCUGCUCAGUUCGUGGACACCCCACCCCACAGUUCACCUGGACACCAUCAGGGAAGGAGUCGGUGGAUUUGGAUGGGGACAAGGUGAUUGGUAAAGUCAUGUUGGAGGCCAAUGCAGCCGUCCUGACCAACGGGGUCACCUGCAAGGCCAGCAACCCCCACGGAGAAGCACUACAGGCCUUCAAGGUCACCAUCAAAAAAGCCAUGGAUCCCGACUCAGGCAACAACGCAGGCCGAGGGAACACGAUGCUUAAGACAGCUGACCAGCAGCAGGGUGGUUCCAGUAGUGUGGUAGUAGCAGUGGUGGUGUGUGUCCUACUGCUGCUGCUAGUGGUGGGACUCAUCUACUUCCUCAACAAGAAGGGCAAGCUGCCCUGUGGGAACAAGGACCAGAAGGAUGUUGCGGGUGGUGAGGUGAAUAAUGACAUUGUGGUGGAGAUGAAGACGGAGAAGGCCAAUGAGGAAGCUGGCCUUCUGAACAAGCCAGCGACACAACAGUGAUCGACAAAGGAACAUGGGAAAAAAGAAGACAAGGGAUGGGUGUCAACGAAAGAUGGGCUUCUUUUAUUUUUGAUAGAGGCACAAAUCGGACUGGGGGAGAAUGUGGGGGUGGGGGGGGGGGGGGGGCUUAUACAUUACUAGACUUUAGUUUUCUUCAUCAUGCCAUCAUCAAAGCAUAAACCCUGUCCACCAGUCACAACUCUUGGUUGACUCCAGGGCAGAAUAGAGCAGUAAAUGUGUGGCAAAUGUGACCCCAGCAACAGUGACCCUUUUCUACCCCAAGCCAAACAAAAAAUGCCAUUAAGUCACUGUGUGUUACUAAAAUUCUUUGUGUGUGUGCGUGUGUGUGCGUGUGUGUGCGUGUGCGCGUGUGAUCAUGCGUGUGUGUGAGUGAGUGUACGUGCGUGCGUGCGUUUGGGUUGUUCAGUCAAACUGCCUAUUCUGUGUGGAGUCCGCACUUACUGGACCCCAUUGUAAUGGGAAUAUCACUCUGUCAUUCCACUGUAGUCAUCCCUGACACUCUGAAUCCAUAGAGACCAUUGUUAUUGUGUUCUAUGCUCAAUAUCAUGACCAGCAGCAUGACAGGUGCCUGGUUCAGUCAGGACAAACCAGGCCCACUUCUACAGGUCAAAGGUUAUUCCAACCUAAAUCCACUCUGGCCCUCUGAUAAGUCACUCUGGACUGUCUCUGUAAUGGAGUUUACCUCUGUCUUAUGCCUACUGUGGUUCUGUCCAGACUCCUCUAUUUACAAGAUGACAUGUAAUAGAGAGAUUUAUUCCCCAGUUACUUAAUUUUUAGAUGUUUUCAGAUCUAUGUUGAUUCAUUUAUUCAAACCCCUAUCAGCUGUUACCUUAGCGACAGUCAAGACAAUUUAUAACGUUCUGAUCCCUUUUUAUGUACAUUACUUUGUUCCAAAACCAAAAAGCAACAAGAAAGCAAAGCUAUUGGGUGUACAAAUUAGAUGAGGUUUUUGAUGAGGAUGUAUAUUAUGUAUCAGGAAAUGUUUCUUUUUUGCUUUGUCUCUGAAAAUGUAAUACUGUAUAGCUUGGCAAUCAAAUCAAGGCUUACUGGCUAGUAUCUGUUCACCGUGUUGUUGGAAUCCAGACCCUGCUAUAGCUCCCAUUGUUUCCUCUCCUAGCAGCCAUAGCCUACUGUCCUAAACAAAGCCAUGUUCAGUAAUCUAAUGCUCCAUGUUAUGCCCAGCACAACCAAUUAUCAUCCCCUUGCUGUGGAAAAUUGCAGUAAUCUGGCAAAAUUGGAUCAUUUUCAUCUCCACGCUGACAAUCCGAAAUCCCGGCCAGCUGCACUACCAUUUCUCCCCGCAGAGAUUGGCUUUACCGAAAGAAUGGGUUGGCAACACAGACUCACCUUUUGAACGUGACAGACACAGUUAAGCCAGAAUUUGAUGGGGUGGGGU